AUGCCUCACAUCCCCUCUUCAGCUGAAGCUGACAAUCCAGGCGAUGCGCCUGAGUUGGUCUUCCCCCCCGUCACCAAAGACCAAAUUCAAAACUGCUCUUAUGACUCUUGGUUUCCUAAGUACAGAACGUCUUGUCUCAAGUCUCGGAUAAUUCCUCUACCCUCGUCAUUUGUCGAGUAUCUUAAAGAGGAUGGUAUAGUUCUGGCGGAUGAUGAUGAGCACCAAGACGAACCCGAUGAUGAGUGGCAUGCAUCGUCCAACACUUCUGCCAGGCCACAAGCUAGAGAUCCCGAGUCCUCGGACGACGAGGAAGAUGAACCAGAGAGGCUGCCACCAAACCAGAGGUUCCCAGAGACACACAAUCUCAUCAAGGAGAAGAUGGCAGAAUUAGGUGGUUCAGUUGCGCCAAAGCUGAACUGGUCAUCGCCAAAGGAUGCAAAAUGGAUCUCGCCUCAUCAAAAUACACUCAAGUGUACGACUCCCAACGAUAUCUACCUUCUUCUCAAGUCAUCUUCUUUCGUUUCCCACGAUCUUGACCAUGCCUUUGAUGAUUGCACUUCGGCGCCUCCUUCUCGACCUUACGCCCCUGUUCUCGUCCUGAGACCGUUCUUCAGUCCUCAGGUUUCCCUCGAAUUCCGAUGUUUCGUCAAGCAUCGGACUCUUAUUGGAGUCACCCAACGGGAUCUCAACCACUAUGGUUUCCUGGAACAGAUUCGACCUCAGCUAUGGCACAAGAUCAAGACCUUCUUCCAUGAGAAACUGAGACUCACAUUUCCUGACGCUAGCUUCGUUUUUGACGUUUACGUCCCAGAGAGCUCAUUCGAGAAGGAUGGACUUGGAAAGGUAAGGUUGAUGGACAUCAACCCUUGGGCAACCCGUACAGACAGUCUCCUUUUCGGUUGGCAAGAGCUUGUUGACAUGGAGGUUCCGAAGCCUCUCUACGGAACAUCGAGCAACGAGGCAGGUCCAGAUGUUAGCGGUGAUGACACUGUCACUGAGGGCGAGGAUGAUGACGAUGAAAUCGAAUACCAACCUGAUUCUUUCCCCGAGUUCAGAAUUAUAGAAAAGGAUGAUCCGGCUGCGUACAACUUCAGCAGUCCACAAUACUCGGCGCACAAGCUGCCAAAGGAGGUUGUGGAUGCUAGCAUGGGUGGCCAGGGAGGGUUGAUGGAGUUUGCAAUGCAGUGGAAAGAGCUUACGGAGGGUAGGGGAGAUGGAAUCUGGGAACAGGCUGCUGCUGGGGCUGGACGAUAG